CCCAAAACAAAAACAAGAGGGGGGCGGGUGCCAUUGUGUGAGGGAUGCGCUCUUCUAGAAGAUUCUACAGCGUCCCUCCGAGUUCGCCCCCUAUUCAUUCCUUUAUUGUGGAGACUACCUAGCCAGCUAGCAUCCCAGUUAAAGCCACAACAUAUUCCAUACUGUGGUGGGGACUAAGCGCCUGUGUAUUGAUGACUGGAUUGGAGUGAACCCGCUGCCUAUGCCAAGAUGUCAAAGAGGCCAUCCUAUGCCCCUCCACCUCCCCCCGCCCCGACAACUCAAAUGCCCAACACUACAGGGUUUGUGGGGUACAAUCCCUACAGCCAUCUGGCCUACAACAACUACAGACUGGGAGGGAGCCAAAGCAGCAACAGUCGGGUAACGAAUUCCUCUGGAAUAAACAUCCCCAAACCACCCAAGCCACCCGAUAAGCCGCUGAUGCCGUAUAUGAGAUACAGUCGAAAGGUUUGGGAUCAAGUAAAAGCCUCCAAUCCUGAUCUGAAGCUAUGGGAAAUUGGGAAGAUAAUCGGUGGCAUGUGGAGGGACCUCACUGAUGAGGAGAAACAGGAUUAUUUGAAUGACUACGAAGCAGAGAAGAUUGAAUAUAACGAAAGCAUGAAGGCCUAUCACAACUCACCAGCCUACCUGGCCUACGUCAAUGCAAAAAGCCGUGCCGAGGCAGCACUCGAAGAGGAGAGCCGCCAGAGGCAGUCCAGACUUGACAAAGGCGAGCCCUACAUGAGUAUUCAGCCAGCUGAGGAUCCAGAUGAUUAUGAUGAUGGAUUUUCAGUAAAGCACUCUGCGGCGGCCCGUUUCCAGCGCAACCACCGUCUGAUAAGUGAGAUUCUCAGCGAGAGCGUGGUCCCUGACGUGCGGUCUGUCGUUACAACGGCCCGUAUGCAAGUCCUCAAACGGCAGGUUCAGUCUUUGAUGGUUCACCAGAGAAAGUUGGAAGCGGAGUUGCUUCAGAUUGAAGACCGCCACCAGGAUAAGAAAAGAAAGUUCAUUGAAGCCACAGAGUCCUUCACAAACGAGCUCAAGAGACUUUGUUGUAUGAAAGUGGAAGUAGACAUGGAGAAGAUAUCUGCAGAUAUAUCGGCAGCAGAAGAGGCAGCCCGCAAACGCAUGGCUGAACGGGAGAAGGAUGCGGGAGGCGCUAAAGAGGCACACAACUGUGUCUUAGCCGAAGAAGAAAAACACGUCUGUACGACUCAUGGCAAAUCCCAACAAAAUCCUCUCGGUGAAAGCACGAACAAGGAAGGUGAGGACGCCGCCGCCAAAGACGCACCAGGGAAGCGGAAGGCCUCUGAAGAACUGGAGGCUCAGCCAGGCAGUGAAGAGGGGGCCUCGGAGGACAAGGAGAGUGUCCUGGAGGGAGCCAUGGAGGAGGGAACCAGCGACAGCAACACAGGCUCUGAGACCACGUCUGCUCAGACCGAAGACGCUCUGACAAGUGACCCACCAGAGAGCACCAGCAGGGCGAGACCGGCCCAUUAAGUCAGACUCCUGUUUCUGAUAUCAGACUGCUUUUUCACGUGACCAUCUUCUGUCAACUCAUUCUGACAAAGCGAGCCAAUCAAGAGGAUCAAGCCUGAAGCAAAAAUGGCACAUGAAUGGACAUGUUGUCUCAUAUCAAUACUGUGAAGGCCUCUCGUCUGAUUACAGUGGAACCGUUCAACAUGACCAACUCAAGUCCUGACCCACGGUGUUAUUACUAAAAAAAAAAUCCCCGCUCAAGCCAAUGUUGACCACUUUGGUCAACCCAACGGGGUGAUUUAUGAAUGAAAAAAUGGGUCUGUUUGUGUCGGCAUGUGCUGUAGUAUUGCCGACGUCAUCAUGAUAUCAUAAUCAGUGUUUAUGCAAAAGCAGAUUUGUGACCGUUCCAGUCUCAUAUCAGUACUGUACAGGCCUCCUCUUGGAUUACAGUGGAACCCGUCUAUAUCGACCAGCUCAAGUCCUGGUUCAUCAUGUUCUGGUUAAGUCUAAGUAGCCUCUACCCAAUGGGGGUCAUUUCUAUGGAAAAUUGGGCCAUUUAUGUUGUGGUAUUGUCGACUUCACUAUCACAUGUUUUUAGAAAAAGCAGAUUUGUGACAGUCAAAGUCACAAGUAAACGUGCACGCAGUGGCUAUUUUCCAUUAUGGCCAUCCCCACUUAUGUUGGCCAAUUAGAGUGAUGUCCACUUAAAAGGGUUCCACUGUACCUUUUCUGCUAUUGCAAUCCAUGUCUGGUAAUAUGGGUGGGAAGAUAGUUCAGUGUUAUACUGUAUGUAACAGUGUAUUGUAGCGUAACUGUUAUUUUUGCAUGUUUUGUAGUAGUUGUGAGGAGGCAUGCGGUCUCCUUGUUUACUACCCGUGUUAGUACCACAGUGACUAUUAUUUUGUCUCAGGAGAUUUUAGUCCAUUUUAGUACUGUAAUGUUAUUUAUUUUCAACAUUUUAUCGGUCUUUUGAUGACCCUGGAGUACGCUCGGUCCACCCAUAGGUAUUAGAUCACACGAUCAUCAGUGCCAUACCAUGCUCAACAACCAGUGUUGUCAACUUUGCUAGCUGUCAAUCAAAGCCACAGCAGUGUGUGUUGUUUGUGCCGUAGUUGUGCAUACACUGUAUUGCUUGAAUAUGAAUAUUGGUGUUCACAACAGCAGCUUGAAGAACCGUCCAGAACUUGCAGUCUUAAAGUGAAUUUUCUUGUGCACAUUUUUUACCAAUAAACUUUUCUAUCCUGGA